CAGAAAGGUAAGUAUUGGAGCUGUAGAUUCAAUCGAUUGGGACACUUCAGCUCUGGAGAGAGAAGAAAGUGAAGAAAAGUUCUGCCUCUGGGAGUGGAGGAUCGGCAGUCUGUUUACCAUAACAAAAAGCAGGUUUCUUCUAUUAAUCCUGUACUACAGUUGGAGUGACUGCCCUUGUACUUCAAGGAGGGGGAACCAUGAACUUUGCAAAUCGCAUUCCAGGUAUGAGUCCACAGUCUUACAGUCUUACAGUAUUUCCGUUGGUAGAAGAGUUUAAAGCAAUGGGAAAUGAGCACUUUAAAAAGGAACGCUAUGUGCAAGCACUUAAGGAAUAUAACAAUGCUUUAGGAGUAUUGUCACAGAUAAAUGUUAUGGGGGUUCCUCCAAACUUUCAGAACACAGCAGCAGUACUGUUAUGCAACCGUGCCAGUGCCCUAUGUAAACUUGAGCAAUGGGGUGAAGCAUAUAUGUCUGCAAUUGAGUGCCUGCGAUUGGACAUCCAAUAUGUUAAGGCUUACUACAGAGCUGGCCACUCCUUGAUCAUGUUGGGUAAAAUCAAUAAUGCCCUAGAAAUGUUUACCAAAGGUCUUCUGAUGCUCGCUGGCACCUCUAAAAUAGAAGAUAUAGCUGACUUUUUGACUGGCAUCCUUAUGGCAUUUCAAGUAAACGGACAUUACCACAGCUAUUUUAGAAAGACAUUUGAAAUGGUCUUAAAAGAAAAGUACAACAAGGAUAUUUGGAAACGUGUAUUUGAAAAAUUGAUACAAAAAUCCAUGUUCCCGCAAUGUCUGUUUUUAAUGUCUCAACGUGAAAUGCUUCCAAAGGAUAUCAAAGGCAUUCGUGUAUCUCUUAAGCCCAUUUUUGAGACAUAUGUGAAUUCAAUUCCACACAGCAAUGUGAAACCAAUAGCUGACCUUGUGAUGUGGCUAGUUAAAAUGGACGCUGAUGUGGAAAAUAUUGGACCAUAUCCUCUUCAUGAUGUUAUGAAGCUGUGUAUAAAAGUUGGGGAUAACAACCUUUUCAAGAUGGUUUUGAAGACUAAACCAACCAUGAUAGGAAAGAUCAACCAGAAGGAUAACAAUGGCCAUACAUUGCUGCACCUAGUUGCAAAUUCUUCAACCUCUGCAAACGGGUAUAAAAUAAAUAAUCAAGCACAGGAUGUGAAGAUGCUUCUAGAUUACGGUUGUAACCCGUGUAUUACGGACGAAGUGGGAAGGUGUCCAUCAGACAUACUGAAGAGGAAUAAGAACUUUAAGGCUGAAGACCUAAUUAAAAAGCAUUUGUCAAACCAGAUUCCGCUUGAUUCCACCAACAUAAAAGAUGAUCGUGAAACUGCAUCUCCUGUGGCUGAAGAGGUUUCUUUUGAGAGUGCCCUGAAUAGAUUUGCAGAUUUCUGCUCGUUGGCAAAAGUUAAAUCCUACCAAGUAAAUGAUUUCCUCAAACACAAUGAAGUUAAACGUUUUCUAAAUGCUCUGACCAAAAUUAAAGAAAUUCCACCUGACCUAAAUUGUGACAUCCCACAAUGCUUUACUGAAGGUCUAAUCAGCCAAUUGAUUAUUGAGAAAAAGCUGGAUAUAUUGCUGCUCCUGCUAACUGGAAAUGCCAGUGGAAAUGAUACAGAAAAACAUGCAGGACUAAUCAAAGUGUAUCCUGAUUCAAGCAUUGAUAUUGGCGGUGUUGUACGGGCACUGGAUAGAAGUAAAUUCAGGUUGACCGUGGUCAAAUUACUAAUAAAACAAGGAGUUUCUCCAAAUGGGAUUGGAGCAACUACUGAACAACUAAUUCAAACAUGCCUAAGGAAGGGGGACUUUGAGAUGGCUUACCUGUUGCUGAGCAUGGGUGCCAAUCCAGAAAGUGUAUCCAUAGUGCAGGGAGACACUCCCCUGCAUGCUGCAGUUUCUGUUGCCAUAAUAAAUAAAGAUGACAAUGGAAUUUUGAUGAUUAAAUAUCUUCUAGACUUAUACUCUUCUGAUCCAUCUUCUUAUCCAUAUUUAAAUCCUAAUGCCCAAGACAAAAUUGGGGAUACCAUAAUGCACUUGCUGUUUCAAAAUGAAUACACCAAAACGUAUCCAAAAAUAAUGGAACUACUUGCAAGAUACGAUAUCAAACUUACAUUAAAAAAUAAAAUGGGUAAAGAUGCAAAGCAUAGGAUAAAGAACACAGAUGCCCGACUAAAUGCUUGGAAUGAAGCUAAAAAGAAAAACAAGCGUAAUCCCUCAAGUGCUCCUUCAAAACCUAAUAAGACUACAGUAAAUGGAAAUGCAAUACAAAAUAAACCUCAGAUUAAGCUGCAAUUGCAGAAUCAGUUCCCAACUGAAUCAACAUGUGACAUUACUACAAAUGUAACUGGUCAAAAUUUAUCUAUAGAACUGCCAAGUGAAAAGGUGGAAGCGACAAAGAGACCAAUGACUCAGAAAGAAGCUUUUCUUCAGACCAUAAGAGAUCUAAUACAAUUUAUGGAAAUGUGCAAAACUCCAUCUGGGACUGACAAUGUAAAAUUGCCUACAAAUCUGAAUACCACUGAAGAGGAGCAUAAGCAGGAAAGUCUGAUCCUCUCAAAUUCAGACCAAGUGGUUGACGACUGCAAUGAAGAUAAUUCUGUUGUUAAUAAUGUGGACAACGUAAAUCUUGACAAUGAAUUGGUGGCCAUUGCUAACAUUGAAGAAGAUUAUGACCUAUUGGAGGAAGACUUGGAUCUCUCAAAUACUGACUUCAGUAAUAUGACAUGGGAAAUAGAGUGUGCUCCUGAAGCCUUGAAAAAACUAGAGAGCAAAGCAUUACCUCGUUACAUGAAAAAUAAAAUCAUUCUAUCCAUUCAGAAGCUCGGAAAUGGAGAAUGGACACGUAGCCUUCACAAAAGGCUUAAACACUUGAACAGUGAUAUUAAACUCUAUGAAAUGAAGCUUGAUAAAGGUGCUAGAAUGCUCUGGGAACUUGCUAUUGACUUCUCUCCACGUUGUAGUGAGGAUCCCGAAAAUAUAAUGUCAACUGAAUUGUCUUUCCAAGCCUCAGCAAAAACUGGGAGGAUUUACACCGAAAUGAUUAGGAUAUGGGAUAUUAUUAUGGAUCACAACAAACUAAGAAAUGCUAUUGAAGGUAUUUGUAGUGCCUAUAACCGAGGCCUGAGCUGUAUACUAAGGAAAAGACUUAAGGCUAUAUCCAACAUACAACUCUCAAAUGUAGAAAAGCGAAUUCCUAGUUGUUUUAUGGAAGAUAUUGAAUUAGAAAGGAGAACAGAACAUAUUAUGCCUGAUUAUUUUCCACCAGCGAGCGCAGCUGAAACUGAAUACAAUAUCAUGAAAUUCCACAGUUUUAGCACUGACAUGGCACUUAACAUAUUACACAACAUAAAUUCCCGAGUUGAGUACCCAUUCAGAGUUGGUGAGUUGGAGUAUGCAGUAAUUGAUCUUAAUCCCAAGCCUCUGGAAACCAUUAUCUUAAUAGGGAGAAGUGGAACAGGAAAAACAACUUGUUGUUUGUAUCGACUCUGGAAGAAGUUCCAUUCUUACUGGGAAAAAGCUGAGUCAGUUGAUGGUCCCUGGCUUGUGAAACAGACUUGGCAAAGAAGAAAAUAUGAACCUAGCACAGAGGUAGAUGAAACUGAUGAUGAAGAGGUUUCAGAAUCCGAGUCUAGCAGCAUAGAAGAAGACCAGUUAUCACUGGAAGACAAGAAUUUGGAAACAGAAGAUCUAGCAUCUGAAUCAGGAGAAAGUGAAGAAGAAUCUGUCAAACUUGAACACUUUCACCCUAUAUUUAUUACUAAAAACCAUGUCCUUUGCCAUGAGGUGCAAAAAAAUUUCCUUGAGUUAAGCAAAUCUACAAAAGCAACAAGUCAUUUUAAGCCCAUUGAUUCUAAUGUAUACAGGUUGCAAGAGAUUCAAGAUGAAAAUUUCCCCAUGUUUGUUACUUCUCAGCAGUUGUUGCUAUUACUGGAUGCAUCCAUGCCUGAGCCAUUUUUUCCCAGAAAUGAAGAUGGAAGCCUUAGCAGAAGUAUUAUUGGAUGGUCCACAAUGGAUGAAAUGGACAUAUCGGAUCUGUUGAGAGAGGAUGAUGAAUUUGAUGCAGAUCCAGAAAAUGAAGAAGAGGAAAAUGUUAGUGGGCCAAAAGAGAAUGAUCCACGUGUUUUUGUCACCUUUGAGUUGUUUGCCAAGGAAAUCUGGCCAAAGAUGGUGAAAGGAAAAUCUCCAUAUAAUGCUGCACUGGUCUGGAAAGAGAUAAAGUCCUUUUUAAAAGGCUCGUUCGAAGCAUUGAAUUGUUGUCAGGGAAAACUUACAGAAGACCAAUAUAUUAAACUUGGGAAGAAAAGAGCCCCAAACUUUAAAGGAGACCGAAAGGAAAUUUAUCGUCUCUUUUGCUUGUAUGAGCAAAUUAAAUCCAAAAAUGGGUAUUUUGAUGAAGAAGAUUUCCUAUACAAUUUGUCUUGUAGACUUUCAAACCUUGAUGUACUACCAUGGUCCAUUCAUGAGCUUUAUGGGGAUGAGAUUCAGGACUUUACUCAGGCAGAGCUCUUCCUACUUAUGAGAUGCAUCAAUGACCCCAAUGCCAUGUUCCUUACAGGGGACACCGCACAAAGCAUCAUGAAAGGAGUUUCUUUUCGUUUCAGUGAUUUGAGAUCCUUGUUCUACUUUGCAAAUAAAAAUUGCCAUAGCGACUCCAAGGACUGCAUUGUACGGAGACCAAAAAGGAUAUAUCAACUUUACCAAAAUUAUAGAUCUCAUUCUGGAAUUCUGAGUUUGGCUUCUGGUGUUGUGGACUUAUUACAGCACUAUUUUCCGGAAUCAUUUGAUCGAUUGCCCCGUGACUGUGGCUUGUUUGAUGGUCCAAAACCAACAGUGUUGGAGUCCUGCAGUGUUAGUGAUCUGGCAAUGUUGCUACGUGGCAACAAGCGAAAGACCCAGCCAAUAGAGUUUGGAGCACACCAGGUGAUUCUUGUGGCAAAUGAGAAGGCUAAGGAAAAUAUACCAGAAGAGCUUAGCUUAGCUCUUAUUCUGACCAUUUAUGAAGCCAAAGGUUUGGAAUUUGAUGAUGUUCUUCUCUACAAUUUCUUCACAGAUUCAGAGGCUUCCAAGGAAUGGAGAAUAAUUUCUUCUUUCACUCCAGUUAUUUAUUUGAAUGAUAAGAAUCAGCCUCUUAUUGAAGUCCCGUUGGAUAGCCUCUCGGCAUCUACUAGUAGACCCUUCACUUUAAACCCCGAAAUGCACAAGCUGCUGAAUGGAGAACUCAAACAGCUAUACACAGCAAUUACUAGAGCCAGAGUGAAUCUUUGGAUAUUUGAUGAGAAUCUGGAAAAACGAGCACCAGCUUUUGAGUACUUCAUCAAGGGGAACUUUGUAAAAGUAGUCCAGACAGGCGAAAAAAAAGCUCUGGAUGAUAACAUGUUUGUUAAGAGCUCCACUAAGGAGGAAUGGAUUGCACAAGGAGACUAUUAUGCCAACAACCAGUGUUGGAAGGUUGCAGCCAAGUGUUACCAGAAGGGCGGGGAAAGCGACAAAGAGACACUUGCAUUUGCUCAUGAUGAAGUUUUAACAUUACAAGCUAAAAAAAUCAGCCAAAGGGAAAGGCAAAUGGAAUAUUUGAGACUUGCUAAAACCUACUUGGAAUGCAAAGAACCAAAACUUGCUCUGAAAUGCCUAACAUUCGCUAAAGAGUUUCGUCUAUGUGCAGAACUCUGCAAGAAACUGGAAAAGAUCAAGGAAGCUGCAUUUUUCUAUAAAAAAAGCCAAGACAACAGGACUGCUGCUAAAUGUUUUGAGCAAACUGGGGAAUAUGAACUUGCAUUGAACAUCUACAAGCAAGAGAAAAUGUAUGAAGAAGCUAUUGAUGUCAUUGAAAGACUCAAAAAGAAGCUACCAGAUGUACAACUUCAAUAUACAUCCAAUCAGUUUUAUUUGGAAGCCGCAGCAGAUUAUUUCCAUAAUAAAAAUUUGAAGAAAAUGAAUGAUGUUUUGUCAAAACUUGACCUAGAAGACCAACUGUACUUUCUGAAAACACGUAAGCUGUGGAGUGAAGCAGCUGAGCUGCUUAAAAGUAAAGGACAAAGUGAAGACGCUGCUGUUUUGAUGAGGGAGCAUGGAAAACUAUUGGAAGCUGCAGACUUAACAACUCAAAAUCCAUUCAGAGCAUCAUGCUUGCUUGCUGUAGCACGUCGUGCUAUUGUGGAAAGCAGUGAAGAUACUGACCUAAUAACUGUUCUCUCUGAGGCCCUUCAACUCUUCGAAAAAGCACAGAAUCAAGCAGCUGUUGCUGAGACAAUUCUUCUUCAAGGAAUUGUAGAGAGAGAUUUUGAGAUGAUCAAAAACUCCCUUAAUACUUUUUUUAAAUUGUCCCACAUCCCUGGUGUAGUUGAAGCACUGUUUGAGUGUAUAAAUUAUGAGGAGUCUGAUUCAUCAGUACUUCGAAUGGCUUCAUCAGGAUUACUGUCUCUGAUAGACUUGGUCAAAGCAUUAAAAGCAACCAAAAGCAAUGCAGAGAGGGAAAUGAUCAAGUCUUGUUUUGAUUUUUUGGGGUUUGUGCAAAUCAGUGGACACCAGUACUCUAUCCUUCUGCAUGAAGGUGCUAGAAUUUUAAAUACUGCAGAAGAAACCAUUGAGAAUAAUGACAUAAAAAGCAGUAACACUGUGUAUUGUUUGACAAUUGAGGAUGUCAAUAUGUUGGUAGAAAAGUAUCUUCUAAAAAGGUUUUUUGAAAUUUCUGCAAAAAUGCUUAGAAAUGUUUACCCAGACAUUUGUCCAAAGUAUAUCGUAGGUCUAAAUUGUGAAGAUGAAAAUUGCAAAGAUUAUCACCAACCUGUGCAUCGAUAUGAGCUUAUACAGAUGCUUUUCUCUAAAAAAGAUUUAAUAACUAUCUGUGGAUUGAUGUUUGAAGCAAAAAAACUAUUUUCAAAAGAAGUCUCAAGUGAACUCCAAGACCUCCUAAAUUUGAAUGUUUUUCGAUUGUGUGAUUCCCUUUCAAAUUUGUGUUUUCCAAAGCAUUUUCAUUUAAGGAUCCUUUCAGAAAACAAUGUAGUGUGCGCAAAAUUCCAGGAUAUGCGUAUCAGGUUCCCAGAACCAUGUAAGACCAUGCUGAAUAAAUACAUUGAAUUACUUUUUGAUCAAAAAGACACAAAACAAAGAAGAGAAUCAACUGACCUCUGGCUAAAGGCAAUGUAUGUUUUCACCUUGUCUUCAGGUUAUCCCAAAAAACUAGAAGCAUUGGUUGAUGCCCAAGAAUGGCAAUAUAACAAGGAAUACAUAAAUAAAAAAGAAAAGAAACGGGAAAAAAUACUACUUGAAGGAAGAUUUGCAAUGUUGCUGCCUGACACAACCAAUGGUCCUAUAAAGGAGACACACAUACAUUAUUUUCGACUUCUUCAAAGUGCAGUAGAACAACUGUAUAUUAAAAAAAAUCCAGAGGAGUGCAAAAGAUAUUUUUUCAGAUUUAUGAAUGUUUUCAUCAAGAAAUGUAUUGAGCCACUGAUUCCAAGCAUUGCAAAUACAAUCAUGCUACUGGAGUUUCAGUUUAUCCUUUGUUCUGCUGUAUUGAUGCGCCUUUACUCUAACAUUAGGGUUUUACUCCCAAAAAGUUACCUUUCCUUACUCUAUCAUUGGGAGUUCAUGUUUGGAAGGAACUUAAUCAAAAAUGGACGAAAUGAUACACACUCAAUUUUGUGGGAAUAUGCACCAAAAGAUUUGAAGCAUGCCACAAGACAAUUCAAACAUCAUCUGUUCUACCUUGCCAAAGUUCUGUGUGGUGAAGAAGAAGAACAAUUCAAUGUGAUUCUUGAUGCAUUCAAUGACAUAGACUGUAUUUCUUCAGGUGAAGCCGAGAGAACAAUUGUGUUCUGCUUGGUGAUGAUGGUGAAUGUUGAAGGGGUUCUUGAAGAAGAAUCUAGUUAUACUUUGUGGAAACAUUUUCCAGUAAUCCAGACAAAACUUGAGCACAUGAAGGCCAAUUUUCCAUCAAGAGUGCCUAAUAGACUUGUUCAUGUUGUGAAUCAAGUUGCUGAAGCAAGCAGUACAGAAGAUGUUUGUACCAUUCUCCAAAGCCUGCUGAAUCAGAGAGAUGAUGAGCGUCUAGCAGAGUGCCGUUGGAGUCAGGUUGCCAAUUAUGGCAAAAGACCAGUUUAUGGAAUUCUCUAUAAAGAUAUGUUUUCUUUCAGAAAGUUUGAUCAAACUCAGUACUCUGUACACAAUUAUAUCCCACCAAAAAAAAAUAGCUACCAAGAAGACUCUCAAGAAAAUGACAUAGUUGAUCCACUUGUAGCUCUGGCUUCACAAGUGCAACAGAAGCAGUCUGCUAUGCGUCAGCUUAAUGAGGUCCUUCUCCUUGUCUGCUUCUGUAUAAAAUGGAAACGGGCGCAUCACCAACACAUGAAGAGGCAAAUGGAAGCUGAAGAAUCCAUUCCAGAUACAUUCAAGAAGGCAGAUGUUGACCGUACACAGUGUGACAUAUGCGGAGUUAAAUUUUUACAACAAUUAAUCUCUUUUCAACCAGAGGAAAAUGAAGAGGGUGCGCCAGAGGAAAAUGAAGAGAGUUCACCAUUAACACCAACAACAGAUAAUGUAGAGGAAAUGGAAGAUUCUGAACCGUGUAAAUUGAAGGAUGAUGGCGAAGUGUUUACCACUCACCUUACACUUGGGACACACCAGGACCAAGUCAAGGCUUACCUAGACUACCUUCAGUUUUUUAAACUGGCAGUUGAUAAUGUUCUUUGUGAAGGAAAGUGUUUUUUACAAGCAAUGCUGGAAACUGCUGGAGACCAUCUGGCUUCCAAAGAGGAGUUUCACCUGGUACAGACAAAGCUUGAAAGCAAAAUGAAGGGUGUGGCUGAUGCAAUAGAAGACAUUUAUGAGAAAAAGACUUGGGCUGAAGGUGAAAAAUUAAUGGAGGGUCCAGUAAAAGAUUUAUCGGUCAUAAUUUCUGAAGCACAGAAUUUACUGAAGAAAACUGAAGAAAGCAUGUCACAGAAAAAAGGUGUCCAGAAAGAGGCCAUGUUUGAACAUGAAAUUGACUACUUGAGUUUUGAUGAACUCAGUUACAAGAAGACAAAGAGGGGCAAGAGGAAAGCUAAACGACACUAAUUUUAAAAUAAAAUAUUGAAGUGAAAAUGAUAUAAAGAAACGUAGCAAUAAAAAAAAAGUUUGAAUAGAAUAAAAACUGUGGUAAAGUUUGCCACAAACUUUUUUUCCCCUUUUAAAAUAUUUUGCUUUUAAUGCCCCAAAAAGAUUUUUUUUUUAAUUUGCAAGUAAAAUAUAAGUUUAAAUUUUCUUGGAAUUUUAUUUUUUCCCUCCAUUUUUGUGUGUUUGCAAGUUAGAAACCUAGCACUGCAGUGUGUGUGUUACAUUCCAGGAAUCUGUUGCAUACGUUUACAUGUAACCUUUUCUUAAGUACAUGCUGUGUUUAACUAAUUUCACUGAAUUUCCUAAUACUGUUUUUCACAAUUAAAUUGUAUUCAAUUUUUUAUAACUUCCUGUUUUUUAGACAAAAAUGCAUACUAUAGAAUUUAGAAAUAGAUUUUGCUACACAUAACUACAUUUUUGUCACAGGACCACCGUUAUGAUUUUUUUUUUUUUCACAUUAAUUAUAUAUUUCACAUUAAAUAUUGCUGUUUAGUAUAUACUUUUCCUUUGCAAUCAUUGCCACUUUAUUUUUUUUAAUUUAUUUUUUUGUAGUAAACAUGUACAAAAGAUCCAUUCAGUGUUUACAUAUGUUUAGUAAAUAUGUAUGAUGUAAAAAAUGAGGUGUUGAUUAAAUGUAUACUGUUAAUAAAUGAUAGUUGAAUUUUUUUUCUCUAAGUUGAACAAUGUAUACAUUUUUUUUCCUGAAAUCUCAUCCAUGGAAUGUGUUUGUAUUACUUAGUGUGGUGCUAACCAUUUAAAUUUAUACAUUCAAGUCUGGACCAAUGAUGUAAAAAUAAAAAGUAUAUUAAAAUUAAUAUUUUAAUUAACUUACUGGAAUACAUUAGCCGUGCUAAUUUCAUAAUGGAAAAGAAUGUUUCAGUUGUUUGUUUGUUUUUCUCCAUUUAUAUAAAUACACUUUUUUUUUUUUUAACAAAAGUAUUCUACAUGUGUACUUAACAGCCUUUUAUGUACACAAAUAGUUUCUGAAGGCCAAUUGGAGUAGUUAGAGAAUAUGCUUUUAAGUUAUUUGCGAGUUUGGCAUUGUUACAUGUUGUAAAUUAUUUUACUUGUUAAAUAAUAAAAAAAAAAAACAUUGCUAAAA